CCCAGUUGGCUCGCUCGCCGGGCGGGGGUUGGAUUUGCUGGGGAACAUGGCGAGAGCAGGGAGCGGAGACGGGUUACAGAGUAAUGGGAUCCAAGAAGACCCUGAGCCGCGGGGACCGGGCAGGGGAGAAUGUCGGUGGGGCCCGCAGCAUGCAGGUGCCCGGGAGCUGGCGGAGCUGUACUCUCCAGGCAAGCGGUGUCAGGAGUGGAUCAGCGUCGUCCUCUGCUUCUCUCUCAUGGCCUUCAAUUUCUGCCACCUCCUUGCCAACUUCCACCUGGGGCACACCUCUCUCAUCCUGCUGGGAAUAGUUGCAGGAAUUCUGACAGCUGACUUUGCCUCUGGUCUGGUGCACUGGGGGGCCGACACCUGGGGGUCUGUGGACUUGCCGAUAUUUGGAAAGGCUUUCAUCCGGCCUUUCCGGGAGCACCACAUCGACCCCACCGCCAUCACACGCCACGACUUCAUCGAGACCAACGGUGACAACUGCAUGCUGACCCUGGUGCCGCUGGCCAACAUGGCCUACAAGUUCGUCACCCUGCCCCCAGCGGAACUGUACCGCAGCUACCCCUGGGACUGCUACGUGUUUGCCCUGGCCAUCUUCGUCACCAUGACCAACCAGAUCCACAAGUGGUCGCACUCGUACUUCGGCCUGCCGCGCUGGGUCACCCUGCUGCAGGACCUGCACGUCAUCCUGCCCCGCAAGCACCACCGCAUCCACCACGUCUCCCCGCACGAGACCUACUUCUGCAUCACCACAGGCUGGCUGAAUUAUCCCCUGGAGAGGCUGGGAUUUUGGCGGGCGCUGGAAGACUUGAUCCAGGGGCUGACCGGAGAGAAGCCGCGGGCUGACGACAUGAAGUGGGCUCAGAAAACCAAGUAACGCCGCCAGUCGGCACCAUCCCUACCUCGCGACCCCCUAACAUCUCCUCCCCCCCCCUCCUGGCCAUUUUCCCAACCAUCCCCCCCACCCGAGAGGAAGAUUCAGCCUAACGCACAGCAGCGGCAUUGCGUACGCGCUUUUUUGACAGCACAGAUUUUUACUUUCGGCUGAUGGAAGAAAAACGAAGAGCCUUCGGCGGCCUCUGUAGGGGCUGUCUUCACAUCUUCCCUCCCAACGCCCCUGCCCCUUGGCCAGCGUUCGAAACCCCUCGCCCUCUUCCUCCUGCUCGUCCCACUCCACUGCCCCAGCUGGUGCCAGAACCCAGUGGAGCCUGGGCCUGAUGAAGUCUCGCUCACCGAGAGACUCAACUUGUUUUUUUUGUGACUUUGAAAUGGAUCGAAUACUUGAAGAACAAAAUGGCUUCCUAAUUAGUCGCCAAGAAGCACUUCGUUAAGGAGGAGGGAAAAAAUGCAAAAGCCAUUGGAUGGGAAAGAGGCUAUAUAACUGGUGUACCCACCCCCCUCCCGAAUCCCCCCCAUUUUUGGCUUCUCACCCUUUGAUCUUAAAGUCCUGGGCCAGGACUAACCUCUCUGUCACGUAUGCAGUUUUUUUUGUUUCUGAGCAGCCUUAUAAAUCAAGACAUGCAGUCGCCUUUUAACCACAAGAGCCAGCCCAAGGCGCUUUAUGAUGGUUCUCACCAGACUCGGGAUCUUUGCCUUAUUUUCCACAGUCUUUGCUCUUACUCUCAGUGCUGGCUCUUGUGCUCAGAGACAGGGUCAUUGGAAUCAAUCCUGCGGGCCUUUUUUUUUAAAAACAUAUCACUCCAGACUGUCCCAAUAAUAGAAAUGUCUUGGUGGCACCGAUGGAGGAUCUGUUACAUUGCAGUGCUGCUGAUUAUGUUAGUUACACUUAGCUGUUGGAUUACUGUAUUUCUGUUAGUUUAGUGAGGUGGGGUGGUAUCCCUGUUAAAAAAAAAAAGAGCUUGAAAAAUGACUUUGGUGUUUCUUGUUGAUCUUCUUCACAGAUUUAAGCAAACCUGUUCUUUAGGCUCGGCGUGACACCUUCAGUUUAAUCCCAAAAUGGUUUCCCAGGAGCCAGAACAGCAGGGUGAAGCACCAGAUGCAUCCAAUAGUUGUGAACUGAUGCUGGUUUGGUUGGAUCACUGUUGCUGUCAUAGAGGGAGGUGGAGCUGGGUGUCACUCUCUGCAGGUAGACUGCACAGCCUGAAAGCAAUGAGAGAUCAUUACAAUAGGUCAAGUAGGUAAUACUAUAAGUGUGCUACCAGCAAAAAUAGAAUGUCUCUGUAGGAAAUAGUUUGUCUUAAAAAGCAAGAGAUCAGCAUGACUGCUAGUUUUGCAAUUCUGAUAUUGCAUUUUUUCUGGUCAUUCGGACUCGAGUCUUUGUUUGCUCAACCUAAAUCUGUAAAAACCUAUUAACAUCAUAGAAAAGCAAAUUAAAUGAGGAAACUAGUGAAUAUUUCCAAACAGCAGCAUGCUAUUCCAAAACCUCUUCCUUCUCCAUUCCCUGAUAGAUGGAUAUUUUCUGUUACAAUGAAUUGUAUGUAAUUUUAAGUAUUUUAUAUUUAAAAUGAAAAAACAAACUCCCAAGAGAAACAGGGCAUUUGAUUCCACAGAAUUUGCCAACAGAACAAAUUAAACUCUUAAUAUAUUUUCUUUUGAUUCAUUAUUUUAUGGCCACAUACUUAUAGGAACUACAGGAACAGCGCAAAAGAAAGAAGUAUGCACAUAAACACCCAAACGUAAUCGGUAAAAGAUGCAUACAUAUUUUGAGGAACCUGAUAAAAAAGGCUCUGACCUUGCUUAAAAUAUUUAUCAGAUGAGCAGCUUUUAUUAAUCUUCCUGUUUGUGGACAGAGACGUAGGUUAUGCAAGCCCAUGUUGUUGAACUUUGCGUUUAUGGUAAUUUAAUGUUCUUUAACAAACUAAUUACUUGAAAAAAUAGGACACAUGCUGUAGGUGUUCCAGGGAGCGCGUGGUAUAGCUCAAGAGGAAGUCUGCUUUGAGCUUUUAGCACUGUUUUCGAUUAUCUAGUUCAUCGCUCAGUUAAUGUGCCAGUUUGUUUUGGCAACUGUAGUUGCCUUGCAUUGUGGAGAAUGGCUCUGGAUGUGUCAUUUUCAAGCUGACAGGGCCAGACAAGGGACAUCUUUUUUUUAACUCCCUUUUCUCCGAUAUCCAGUCAGUAUCUUCAAGCACCACCACAACAAUUUUUUUUUUUUGCCAGUGUACCUCUCUAAAACUCAGAUUUGGUUUGCUCUUAAAACAUGAAUUCUUCCUGCUUUGUACUGUAUGAGAAGCAAAGGGUCGGUUUGGUUAGCAUGUGUUGAUGGCAGGUCGGAGGGAAAGCUUUUAGAUCUCUGUGGCAUUUAGAAACUGGCCAAAAUGACAUAUUCACAACUUCUUAUCGCGGUUCUGUAGGAAGAAACUGCAAGGGAAAAAAAGACUCACCUUCUAAAUAAAUAAAUGUGAUAAAUGUCUCUGGAGAUAAAGACCUGUGUAUGGAACAAUAUUUGUAGAGCUAAUCUCUCUAAUCUCCACUGCUGUUGUGGUUUAGAACUCUUCUCUUGUUGAUGGCUUUUAUGAUUUGUUCCCCCAUUUACCAGCGGCCCUAAAAAUCUUUCAGAUUUCCACAGAACAGGUGCCCUCUUGCUACAAGGCUUCUAGAGACCUAAUGAGAUAUAGAUAUUUAGUUUUUAAGUCAGCAAACUGACUCGGAAAUACAAAUUGGCAGUCGGUUACAUAGAGCAUAAAGUUAACUUUUUUUUUUCUUGAAAUUGUUGUUUUAGCGACUUUGUAGUGCAAAGCAGCUGAGCACUUUGAUGCUAGGGCCCUAGUUAAGUGGAAAGGGAUUCAUGUUUUUUACUUUGUGUGUAUAUGCAACCAAUUUCGGGUCCCAGUCCAGUUUAUAAGCACACAAGCUGAGCAUGUUUUCCGCAUUUUUGAUAAAGCACCCCAGAAGAAAAAGCACAAGGUUCCACUUUUCAUAACUGGACUGAAAUUGGCAAUUGCAAUGAAGGGACUUACUGUCUUUAACUUGGUAGCCUGUAUCCAAGCACUAUUAACAAAACUAGAAAGUUAGCAUAGGCAACACAUAUUUGCAUUCUUUCUUCUGGUGGGCAUAUCUAAGAACUGCAAAAAUCUAAAAUAAAAGUUGCCUUGCAGGGAACCAAAAGUGAAGUUUCAUGGGAAUCCAAGAAAGGAAAUAACACUUCAGUGGAGAAUAACAGAGCUGAUGGUGAUAUAUCAGAUAUGCAUUAACGUAUGUGAAAUUAGUUCAAUACUUUUUUUUUUAAUUAGCUCUCUUAUUUGGGUUGCACAGCUAGAGAAAAACUUUGCACGGAUCAUAUGUGUGAAUGCCUCCUGAAACACAAAAUUGAAAGGGUCUUUAGGUUAAAAGUAGAUGUUCAAUCACAUAUGGGAUAUUUAAGUAUUUCUAUCUUGCAGGAAAAAGAAGAUUAAUCUGAAUGUCAGAUAGCAAAUGAGAAAUGAAAAGGAAAAAAGUGACUGUUGUCAAAACUGCAGACUUUGAUCGCUUAGCAGGCUACCCAAAGUGCAAGAUAACCAUUUCUUUAUCUUCAUUUGAUAUAUUUACUUAAAAUGCACUUUUAAAUCUAGUUGGAGCCAGCUCUCUUCAGAGCUUACAGGUUUGAGCUGGCGUAGUUAAUGGAAGUUAUAGAUACUUCUCACUAAAAUAGUAUGCUGCGUAAAUCCUCAAAAUUCUUACAACUCUAACCUGGCUUCUCUGUAGAAACCUUUUUGCUAACAGCUGUGCCGUUUCUAGAACUCACACAAAAUAGGCACAGGUUACAAGAAGACGGGUGAUACUGUAGAACUAACAUUAAAGCAUAAAGCAAAUGUUAUCUUUAAGUUAUGCCUGCUGUAACGUACAGUAGUGCUUUCUUUUUCAGAAUUCUUUCUCUGAAUGAAAAGCACAUAAUAUCUUCUGUUGAAGAUGGUUUGGGUGCUUCUCAUUGAAAUGAAAAUGACAUUGUCUGGGAUUGAGUGUGCCUGGUAGUUGUGUUGGAAACAGUCCCUUGCAAUGUGGUUGAUUGGCAAGACCACAGUUUUGACAAUGUUUAGUAUUAUAUGAGCGAGUUGCAUAAUGCAUGAGAGAGGAACUGGACUGAAUGAGGAGUUGAUAUUUAAGAGCAGUGCUAGUUGCCAAUGGAUGCCCAUAAUGUUAAGCAGCUACUGCUAAGAUGGUGCAGCUGAGAAAUUUGGAUUCUCAAAAAAUGUUUCAUGUUUGGGGGGGGAAGUCAAAAUAUCAAAGCAAAAGAUUUCAAAUUCAAAAGUGGCGAACAUUGCGGUUUAGUUAAAAAGGUAAUAGUCUCUCUCCCAGAGCGCCUUGUUUCUGUACAUGUGCAGGCCAUGAAGAAAAGGGGCAACAUCCUUGAUUUCUCAGUGGAAAUCCGGUAGACUUGUGGCUGUUAUUGUGCCUUGAUGGGCACAAGCUUGCGGUUUCUUUUGUGUCAUCCUGAGCUGUUGGUCAUGGCUGAGGAUAAUGGUUAUUAUUUUGUAUUUGCAAAGACGGCAGUGGUAGGAGAUGCAAAAUGUGUCCAUGGACACAACGAAAUAGCUGUAGAAUGCGUAGGUAUUUCAAAGAGUCAAGGACAUCAUCUGACUCUUUGGUGGUUCCGCAGACUAGUUGUUUGAACUUGAAGGGAACCUUUUCACUUUGGGAGCGUAUCAGUUGUGUUUUUCAUGUGCCUCUAGUACUUUGCCAUUCUGCUUACAGGUGGCAAGACCAGGUGUUGAGGUCAUGCUGACAUUAUUGGAAAGUCGGUAAAGAACGUGCCCGAGGUUGAUGGGAACAGGAAGAAGCUGUGUCCUCAGGCCAAAUCACAGCCUUUCUGUUGGAGAUUUCUUUUUCCCCCCGUUUGAGUUCUUACCUCGCAGACCUUGACAUUUUUCAGCUGAUAUAUCAGACAACCACCCUUUCCUGGAGGCUGUUUCUGCAGACAGUAUGAUGGACUAAUACAGUACUUCGGAAUAGGUGGAAUAGCUUAUUUCCCACUGGCAACUAUACCUAGAAAAUAACAGUUGAAAAGAACAACAUGAACUUGUCUUAGUAAUUAAAUCAUCCAGUCUCAUUAUUAUCCUUUAAAGCCCAAGAGGAUGUAGUUUUUCAUUUCUUAAAAUCUCCUCCUAAGAAUAAUUUUGGAGUAGGGGACUACAUUAGUUAUUUGUUAAGAUGGUAUUUAUCAUGUAUGUAUUGCUGUGUUCCGGAUGAAGUCAUUUGAAUUUAGAGCCAUUAUGAGCCUUUGCAGGAACGACUCCAUGUUGCUCAUUUAAUAUAAAGCAUUGCCAAGGAUCAUGGGAAGAAUUCUCAAUGGUGUGGUUUUAUCUGUCUGAAGUAGCUCUGUGGUGGUUAACCUUUGUAAAUAUCAGAGAACUAAUGCCUUAACGCCUCUGUUUUCUUCCCUUGAGGAAAAAAUGUGUAAUGUUAAAAGUGUACAUACUAUAUUUAUAAUGGAAAAAAAAAUAAAUAACUGUGUACUACUUG